GCUUAGUUAACAAAAUAAUCCAGCUUGAACCUUGUUUAAUACAACCGCUAUCGUGUUAACCCAAAUAACAUCCGCAACAAGAUAAGAAAGAGAUUAAAAUUCAAUGAUGCUUAUCACGACCUUGAUAUUUCAACUUUUGCAUAUUGCCGACCUUGAGUGUCAUUCCCGUCUGUCAGAAGAGUCAUUUGUGUUAAAUAUACGCAUUUUAUUUAUUUUGUAAUUACGCUUUAAAUAAGCAAAUUCCUGGCAAGAGCCAAUGAGUGCUUGUCAAUAUCUCACCUGGAUCGAUUUCAGUGGUGCCGGAUAAUAAUCACCUUAAAAAAUGGGGGAUCCGAAUCAGGGGGCGCAGUGCCAGAUGAAAAUCGGCCACUACCUACUCGGCCAAACUCUGGGCGUUGGAACCUUCGGCAAAGUGAAAAUCGGUGAACAUCAGGUAACGAAGCAUAAAGUCGCCGUUAAAAUCUUGAACCGGCAGAAAAUCAAGAGCCUCGAUGUAGUUGGCAAGAUCAGGAGAGAAAUUCAGAAUUUAAAGCUGUUUCGUCAUCCGCACAUCAUCAAAUUGUAUCAGGUGAUCAGUACCCCGACGGAUAUAUUUAUGAUUAUGGAAUACGUGUCUGGGGGCGAACUGUUCGACUAUAUUGUCAAACACGGGAAGCUGCAGGAGCAUGAGGCUCGACGGUUCUUCCAACAAAUUAUUUCCGGGGUUGAUUACUGUCACAGGCACAUGAUAGUUCACAGAGACUUGAAACCAGAAAAUUUGCUUUUGGACCAUAAUAUGCACGUGAAAAUUGCUGAUUUUGGUUUAUCCAACAUGAUGAUGGAUGGCGAGUUCUUGCGGACUAGUUGCGGCUCACCGAACUAUGCAGCACCUGAAGUUAUUUCAGGGAAACUAUAUGCCGGACCUGAAGUUGAUAUUUGGUCAUGUGGAGUAAUUCUCUAUGCCCUUCUUUGUGGAACUUUGCCAUUCGAUGAUGAACACGUUCCAACUUUAUUUAGAAAAAUUAAAUCCGGCAUUUUUCCAAUACCAGAAUACCUCAACAAAUCUGUAGUCAAUCUUUUGUGCCAGAUGUUGCAAAUUGACCCCAUGAAACGGGCUACGAUUGAAGACAUAAAGAAACACGAAUGGUUCCAAAAAGAUUGUCCAGCGUACUUGUUUCCAUCGCCAGUGGAUCAAGAUUCGUCUGUGAUUGACACAGAUGCUGUGGCUGAAGUUUGUGAUAAGUUUGGAGUACAAGAGAAGGAGGUACACAAUGCCCUAUUGAGUGGAAACCCCCAUGAUCAACUUGCUAUUGCCUAUCAUCUGAUCAUCGACAAUAGACGCAUUGCGGAUGAAGCAGCUAAGGCUGAAAUUAAAGAUUUUUAUGUAGCUGGUAGUCCGCCUCCUGUGAGUAUGAGUCCUAGUCCCAGUCCUUGUGACUUUGGCUCUAGUCCUUUGAAACCUCAUCCUGAAAGAAUUGCACCCCUUCGUGAUAGAAUGGCUUCAAAUCAAGCAGCUUCAGGUGAUAGAGGCAGAGUCAAGAGAGCCAAGUGGCAUUUGGGUAUCCGGUCACAAAGUAAACCCCAUGAUAUUAUGAUGGAAGUGUAUAGGGCAAUGAAAGCAUUGGAUUAUGAGUGGAAAGUUAUUAAUCCCUAUCAUGUUAGGGUGCGCCAUAGGAAUCCCUUACAUGAGAGAUUCGUGAUGAUGUCUCUGCAGUUAUAUCAGGUGGAUUAUAAAAGCUACCUGCUGGACUUCAAAAGCUUGGUUAACGAAGAAGCAGAAUCGAACAACGCACCUACUUCCAUUAUGGGAUCAAUGGCGACCCCUGUUCAAACGGGUAACGGCACCAUCAACGCAAAACCAAAAGGUCACUACACAAUGGAAUUUUUCGAAAUGUGUGCCGCUUUAAUUAUACAAUUAGCACGUUAAGACAAAAAUUACUUUAUUUUUAAUUCUGAAAUUAUUGGUAUCUGUAAUAUAAUAAUCCAAAGGAUUGUUUGUAAAUUGUAGGUGUGUAGAUUUUUAGUGAUUUUACCAGUGAUAACAAUUAAUUACUAAAAGAAAACGAAGGUAUUACCGUACGCUUUUUAAAAGCGAUUAAUUUUUAUUAGUUAGUUUUUUGGUGAUAUUUAUAUUGCUAUACCAUUCUAUCAAUGUAUUUUUGUUGUGUAUAUAAAAUAUAAAAUAUCCAAACAAGAA